GCAACCUGUUCCAGUGUCUCACCACCCCCAGAAUAAAGAAUUCCUUGCGUAUUCUAAGCACCUUAAAUUUCCCGUCUUUCAGUUUGAACCAAAGGCAUUUGCAAUGUGCCCAGUAUGUGCAAAAGUGAGACCUGAGUGCUGGGCCUGCUGGAGUGGGUGGCUAAAGUGGCUGCACUACAGUGGUGCUUGGGCUGUCCUGUCAUGCAGAAGUUUUUAUUAAAAAAAACCUUCUUCCUAGGAUUGUCUUUUUAGACAGUGGUCUGAAGAAUGAUGUUAUUUGGUCCACAGGUAGCUAAAGCGUUAGCCAAAGGCAAGUGUAAAACCCUAAGCCCAUUAUCAGGAGAUUUAGAUUUGCUGCAUGAAGAUGUGAAUCUCCAAAUGUUAAUUUUAGGAUGCACAAAAUUAACAAGAUUGAAAAUCAAUGUGCCUAAGCUGGGAAUGUUAGGUGACACCAGAAGAGAUCAGUAAUAUUUACACCAGCUAAAAUUGAUGCUGUAAGACAAAGUGAGUGUGAAUUUGCAUUCAGUGAAGACAGCUCUUCAGUAUUUUUACAGAAAUUACACCUGUUUUUCAUUCUACUUCUAGGAAGUAUUCAACAUUAAGUAACAUGUCUUCCACCAAACCUCCAAAUGAAAAUGAAAUACCCAAAGAGAGAAAACCAGGACUGAGGAGUGUUCAGACAACUAUGCUUUUCCGAGCUGUGAACCCAGAGCUUUUCAUUAAACCUAAUAAACCUGUGAUGGCAUUUGGACUGAUUGCAAUUAGCCUCUGCGUGGCCUACCUUGGUUAUUUGCACGCAACAGCAGAGAAUAAAAAGGACCUCUAUGAAGCAAUUGACAGUGAGGGGUCCAGGUAUAUGAGGAGGAGAACUUCCAAAUGGGACUGAGAAUGUAAGAAAGGAAAUCAGUCACAGAACUUUUCAAGGCAAUUACUGUUUUUUCUCUUUCCCUUGAAAUAAUGGAUAAAUGUCUCUCUUGCUAUUUAAUCCUAUUCAAGUUCCUUUAUAAAAUGCUGUGCCUGUACAAAUAAACUGCAGUAAAGAUACCUGUAAAAAUAAAAGUGAUUUUAAGAAUU